UGGCACGCCUGGCGCCGCCCGUGGCGCCUCCCCGGCUGGCCGCGCCCGGCGCCGCCCCUGCCGCGUGGCCCUGGGGCGGGGUCGGCGGCUAGCCCUGGCUGGGCGGGCGGCGGCCCGGGAGACGGGAUCGGAGGGACGUGUGGAGCGGUACGCGCUUGUACUCCCUAAACUGCAAAUAGAGUGACGUUCGGAUCCGGUGUGUUCAGCUCCCGCAACAUUUGGCGCGGUCGGUAGGACCGGCGACGGCAACGGUGAGUCUGUUGUGUUAUUAUCGUUUGGCAUGAUUGUGUUUAGACUGUAGCCGAUUAACUAAUGGCCGGAGCCGAGCGGUCUGCUCGGAUCAGUGGUGGAUGAGGGGACGGUAGGGUUACCGCAGGCAUUUUUCGGGGCGGUUAGCCUUGAUUAUUUAUUAUUAUUAUUUAGAGACUGAGUAGUAUCGCAGGCGGUUAGCCUGUGAGACAGCGUCGUGCUUUUUUGAUAGGGUAAACGGCUAUUGCCUCUGUUGGAUGGUGUCGCACUCGACUAUGCGCGGCCCCUGUAUAUCGAGUGGGUCGGUAGCAUUAGCCUAGCGUGACGCCGAAACUGAGCGCGCGAUGCUCCAGGACACAGUAAGUCAGCUUCAACAGGAGGUUGGGCAGCUGCAGUCGUCCUUGGAGGCACUCACUGUUGCUCGUUUCAGCCCUGAUACGUCCAAAACUAGCGGGUGUUACGGGUGUGGUGCUCCUGACCAUUUUCGGCGGGACUGCCCAGUGGGGCGUCUUGGUCAGCUGAGGUCCGGGACACCGGGGUCACAAAGUUGAGGUGUCCCUCGUGAGGAGGGGAGGCCGCAGUCGAGGUGGGUGCCCGUUAGUCGCUUCCAGCGCUGACCCACCUCGACCGAUGUGUCUUCUCGAUCCGGUUUUGCGGCAGAACAGGAGCGUGACCGGUCUAUUAUGUGACUAGGUCAGGAUGUGUGUCAAAGGUUUCAGGCGGGAAAUCAAAUUUGGUCCCUCCUGAUCGAAACCGAAAGUAGUGGAAGACCCUGUUACAUCAAGUAGGGUGGGUGGGCAGAUAUUGACUUGUGCUGCUAAGAAGUGCUCGUGAACCAAAAGGUGAUUGUAUUUUUAAGUUUCAGAUGGACCCUACGCGGCUGGAGCUAGACAGCCUCUGGACGGCUGUUGCCGAGGAAAGGGCCGAGCGCGAGCGACUGGAGGAACAGCUUCAGGGUCUCCUCAGAGGACUCUCGGGAGGUGGUAUGCCUUCCGCGGACGCCGGGCUGCCGCUGAUCGUGCAGCAGGACGCGGAGCUGACUGAGGUGGUGACGGAGAUGCCGUCCUCCGCACUGUGGUCGUCGCCGGCGCCGUCGGACUCGGACCUGGUGGAGGUGGUGGUGGAGGUCCCACCCGCGGAUGGUGGUGCCGCGGGUGAAGCCAUGUGGGGGACGCAGCCAGAUGGAGAAUCGUUCCCGUCUCCUGACAGGAGACGCCCGGGAGACGGCGAGGAGGGCGACGGACGACCACCCGUAUCUCCGACCGCCGCCAUCCUGGCGGAGGUUUCAGUCGCGGUCGACGGUGCCGACAUAUUGGGCGAAAUUCUGGGCGAGCCGGUAUCUCCGGCCGCCGCCAUCCUGGCGGGGGCUUCAGUCGGGGUCGACGGUGCCGACAUAUUGGGCGAGAUUCUGGGCGACCCGAUCGACACGGACUUUGGCUUGGGGGACAUCGCUGAGGGGUCCGGCGGUUCGCCGGAGGCUGGUCCGCCGGGGUCCGCCGUGCUCUUAAUAGGAGAUUCUAUGCUGAGCAGGGCGGACUUCCGGUGUGACCCCCCUCGGCGCCUGUCCGUGUGCGCGGUCCCCGGGCUGACUCUGAGCCGCUGGCUGCGGUCAAGCGCGACCGAAGUAAGGGCGUGGGUCUGUGGGAAAGGGGAGCUGACGGACCUCCAAGUCAUCUUAUGGCUGGGCGGUAAUGACGUUUACCCAAGGGGGGCCGCCUUCGACCCGGUCACGGUGGUGGCGACGCUGGGGCGGCUGAAGGAGACCAUCAUCGACACCCGUAGCCUUGGUUGCGCCGUGACCAUCCUCGGCGUGACGCCGCGGCCGGCCCGCGACGGUGGCAGAGUGUGGGAGUCCACCCCGGCCUUCUGGCUCGAACGGGCGCUGUGCGAACUGUGCCGCGAGACCGACUCCACUUUCGUCGCGCUCGGCCGACGCCUCUGCCGGCGGGAGGGGAGGAAACGGCGCUUUAAGAUGGACGGCAGGUUCUUCUCGGCUGACGGGGUCCACCUCAGCGCCGCCGGCUACCGGCGACUGAUGGACUACCUGCCGGGGUGGCUCAGGCGCGGCCGACGCUAGGCGGCAUGUGUGAGGGCGCUCGGGACGGUGUGUAUGAAUGUAUGAUUCGAAGUUGUCGUUUUUGUUGU